UUCUAGGCCUUGUGACAGUAACUGAGGGCUGCAGAAAAGAUAUAAAAGCAGCCACAGACCUCAAGGUUCUCAGAAGAGAACACUGUCCUUAAGAUUCUCUGGGGGACCCAACCUCCACCUCUGCACCACAGAGCUUCCUGGGGACCAGGCCAACCUUGCCUCAUCCUCCAGCUGCCCCUGCCCCCUGCAGCCACAGGUUGCUGCCUUGGCUUUGUCAGCAGCAAUGAGGUCCCGGCUUCUGCUGUCUGUGGCUCAUCUGCCCACAAUUCGAGAGACUUCAGAGGAGAUGGUAGCCAGAGGGCCUGGGCAGGAGCUCCUAGCCUCCCACAGCCUAGAUGACUACGUGAGGUCCAUCUGUCAGCUGGCACAGCCAACUUCUGUGCUAGACAAGAUCACAGCCAGGGGCCAGCCCAACAGACCCCACUGGCCAGUGCUGGCCAAUGAUAAGAGAUGCCCAGCUGUGACCCAAUUGGACAUGACUCUCUGCUUCAGUGGGCAGCUGCACACAGUGCCCUCUGCUGGCACUGCCGACCCUCUGGACUGGCUUUUUGGGGAAUCUCAGGAAAAGGAGCCAAAUAAAGGCUUGCCCAGGGGGCCUAGCCCCCAUGCUGGUCACUGGGGUACAUGCAGACAGAUGGACAGAAGCAAGGCCAGAGGGAGGCCCUGUGAAGCCAGAGCACUUGCACACUCUCUGGCAAAACCAUCUCAGGACAGGCACCAGAGCUGGACUUUGGAGCAGCCUGGCUGGGCCCUAACUACCUCCUGUAGUCCCCACCCCAGCAGUAUCCUUAGAAGUCUAUACUUGCACCUCCCUGUGAUUCAUGAACUCUGACCCUUCCCCAAUAAAGACCCCUGUGUGGA